ACAGCCUUUCAUUUCCUUACGUAAGUUCGGUAAUAACCCAUGAAAGCGAGCUUGUCUUUAGGUAGAUAUUACAAAUUCAUUUUGGUUUCACGAUUGUUCGAAAACUUCGUGGGCCGAGCAAUCGUUUCUUAAACAAUUUCUGUUUACUAUCGCUGAGAAGCCACGUUCGAAAAGUCAAAUGCGAAUCGCGGGAGAUAAAUCCGUCGCAUCGUGAGAAGCACGCGAGUAUCGGCUUUGGUGCGAUAACGUAUGGGAGGAUUACGUGAUAGCACGUGUAUCUUCUUUUCUCGCGACAAAGUUCCUUUCUCUCUGCCCCAUGGCCCGUGGAACGAUACCCGUUCGAAUUAUGAAAUCGUUACGUCGAUCGAUGCGGGAAACAUCGCAUCGGGUCAUCCGCGAGAGUACGUUGGCCCAAAUUCUGGUAAAAGUACGAUAGUUAAAAAACGAUGGAACAAUCGUUGGCCCAAAUUUGGUGCAGGGUUCUCGAUGGAGCGUUGGCCGUUCGCCAGCCAUCGACAAAGCGAGAGGCCAACGACCCUUCCUCUCGGUACACGGAUACUCUAACCGAGAAACGUGCAGAGUGGAUUAAAGAAAAGAGAGAUUCGUGUCACUCUUUGAGAAUCUGAUCCUGGUUCAGAUCGUUCUCGAAUCGAAGCAGGUCGGCUACUGGGUAUGCGAUGGGUUCGGUACGAAAGGAAUAAAAGGGUAAAAUGUCAGAUCUCGACUCCCGUGGCGUUACACCGUAGUAUACCUACAAAGAGCAAACGCAUCCUAUUAGCGGUUGAGAUCGCAUUGUUCCAAUGGUGUGCCCUUAAAAGAGCGAAAUCACAUCCAUCGUAACGACGUUGGCCUUUGGAUCGCAUGCCUAACGGAUGGCGAUAAAUUCUCCGCCGCGAACCUAACGAACACAAGCACCGUGUCCCUCGCGAGUAAUUCAUCGAACGCGUCUCGUCGUAUCCCCUCGAAGAUACGCAACGAUACAAUCGUCCUACGUUUUUCUCGCGACCAUGGGAGACCAUCGCAGACUGCAUUCAGACUACGCGUUAACGUCAUGAGAUAAUAAAUGUCCUUUUCGGGAUAAUUUAAUUUAUCUACUAAACGCUGUUACGAUCUUACUCCCAGUCAUUGACGCGUCGUAAACGUCUGCUUGCUGCCAUCUUAAAUCAAUCUUUAUAAAAGUAUUACCUUUGAAGUUCGAGUCGUGUACCAGAUUAGAACAAGACAAGUUUCAAGAAAAUCUUCGUCGGACAAAUAACGGGCAGAAAUAAAAUGAAUAGUUUUCAUUUGGAGGAUUCGACGAAAUUCGGCGUUACGAAGAAGAGAUUGCUGAAGAAAAAAAAAAAGGGAGGAAAUAUUUAUUGCACCUGUUUGGGAUACCUUCGUGACACGACGGACGAUAGAUGGUAUCGUAAAGGGGAAAAAUGAGAACUGAACUGAAUGUUCGAGGAUGGAACACGACGUUUGCACGAUUCCCCGCGAGUACGGGUCGCAUCAGAGGGGGAAAAAAGCUAUGUCCUUGCAUAGGAGCCAGCGAUCGGGUAUAUAAAAGCUGCUGAAGCGUACGAGCGCAGAUGUUAUUAGUAGCUUCUGAAAUCUUGGGAUAUAUCGUCUAACGUGAAGUCGCGUGUGCCUCGGGGGAUGUCAAUUAACAAAGUGUUGUCAGUGUGACCGAUCUACGAUGACCUCUCAAAAAAUUGUGCCUAGGUCGCUGAUCCUCUGGGUAGUGAUUCUCGGUGCAUGGCAUUGCACCGGUGAAAAAUUGUCUCCGAAUCAGAAGGCACCUUUGUUCGCCCGCGGGGCCGGAGGAUUGAUUCUGAACACGCCGUUCGAGGACAACAAGGCCAGAAGAGGUCCAGCUUCGACCUCGAUUGCAACCGCGAACGUGCCCGUCAACGAUGAAGUGCAAAGGGAAGAAACGGAAGAGCUGAAACUGGUCGACGGUCAAUUGGUGCGGACCGUGAAAGGAAGCUUUGCGUACAAAAGCCCAGAGGGUCUUCCCAUUUCGGUCAAGUACGAGGCUGACGAAAAUGGUAAUAGAGCAAGUUUCAAGUUUGGGACGGGUGAAGUAAAGGUCGGCGGAUCGUCCGCUGGACCACCGAGAGGAGGAGGUCCAUCCGGAGGUCGAAACGGAGGACCGACCAGAGGUCCAGCCGGUCCAGGAUCAAAGGGAAAAGACUAUUUACCGCCGAAGGAUGUCGAUAGGAGUUACUUACCGCCGAAAUAAAAUCUUCAUUACUCCCUUUAGCCAAAGUUAACAAGCUUAUAGGAAACAAUUUUUAUACUGAUCUUAUUAGUCAUCGUUCCGACACGCGAUUGCGUUUUUUAACAUUUUCUAAGUAGCUCCCAAAAUCGUCUCGAUUCUGGUUAGCUUGUUUUAGGCAAGGUCUAGAGUAAUC